AUGAAAGCUUGUUACUCUCGAGACCGGUUAAAUGACACUUCAUACAAUGCCAUGACUAUGGCCAUCAUCUCACUUCAGGCGUUUGCUGGCAUGUGGAUAAAUGCUUUCAUCGCUUCUGUGCUUUGCAUUGCUUGGGUGAAAAAGAAAAGCUUUAGCUCUAAUGAGAAGAUCUUGCUGUUUUUGGGAUGCUGCAGGUUUUGGUAUUUGUGCAUUUCAUGGGUUUAUUUCUUACUUUCAAUAUAUUAUCCCUGGCACCUUUUUGUAUACCCUUUACCCCAACUAUUUUCAGCUUUUAACAGCUCUUUAAGUUUAUCUAACUUGUGUGUUUCUGCCUGUCUUUGCAUUUUUUAUUGUGUAAAAAUUGCAAAUUUCAGGCACACCUUUUUCAUCUAUCUGAAAGGAAAAAUCGACAAGACCGUGCCGUGGCUGUUGUUGGGUUCAGUGCUUUUAUCCCUGGUCAUUGGCAUUCUUGCCUAUGAUAUCGUUGAUGCAGUGUCCGGUAACAAGUGUAAUUCCACUGCCCAAGGAAAUGUCUGGAAACUGGAUGUCAGAAAGGAUGAACAUUUGAUCAUUGUUCUUUUUAUCAACGGCUUCGUAUAUGCCACCACAUUCAUAGCAGUAAUCUCUUCUGCUCUUCUCCUCCUCUUUUCUCUCUGGAGACACAAAUGCAAGAUGCAGACAGACUCAAAGAAGAACAUCAGCACGGAUGCCCAUGUCAAAGCCAUAAAAUCUAUUCUGUCCUUUUUCGUCCUUUACAGCAUUAACUUUACAUGUUUGAUCUUGAUGCUGAUUUAUGCCACCAAGUCAGUAAAACUUGUGGACACUAUCAUUGUAUUAUUUCAGUCUGUUCUUCCAACAUUUCAUUCCCUUGUUUUAAUUUUCAGCAAUCCCCAACUGGAAAAGACACUGCGAAGGACUCUGUCCUGUGUGAAGUGCAAGGUUUGCAUGAGCCAUGCAGGAAUGGCCUCAGGGCAGACAGGGCCGUGGCUGUUGUUGGGUUCAGUGCUUUUAUCCCUGGUCAUUGGCUUCCUUGCAUAUGAUAUCGUUGAUGCAGUGUCCGGUAACAAGUGUAAUUCCACUGCCCAAGGAAAUGUCUGGAAACUGGAUGUCAGAAAGGAUGAACAUUUGAUCAUUGUUAUUUUUAUCAACGGCUUUGUAUGUGCCACCACAUUCAUAGCAGUAAUCUCUUCUGCUCUUCUCCUCCUCUUUUCUCUCUGGAGACACAAAUGCAAGAUGCAGACAGACUCAAAGAAGAACAUCAGCACGGAUGCCCAUGUCAAAGCCAUAAAAUCUAUUCUGUCCUUUUUCGUCCUUUACAGCAUUAACUUUACAUGUUUGAUCUUGAUGCUGAUUUAUGCCACCAAGUCAGUAAAACUUGUGGACACUAUCAUUGUAUUAUUUCAGUCUGUUCUUCCAACAUUUCAUUCCCUUGUUUUAAUUUUCAGCAAUCCCCAACUGGAAAAGACACUGCGAAGGACUCUGUCCUGUGUGAAGUGCAAGGUUUGCAUGAGGCAGGAAAUGGAAUAA